AUGCUCUUUGGCGACGCUCAAUCCUUGCUCCUUGGACGAUCCAUCCCCGUUUUCCAUGAUUCGCCUAUCAUCCACCUCAUAGUAGAUAGGGAUGAGAAUCGCUUUGACGCGCAUCAAAUUCUAUUGUUCGACGCUGCACCAUGGUUUCGGACUGCAAUGAAGCCGUGUUGGAAUGAAAGCACUGGAAUGAGGAUUCUGAUGCCAGAGGAUGACGCGGACGUUGUUCAUCAAUUCAUAACGUGGCUGUAUCAUCGCAAGUUCGACUUCAGCAAAGAGGACCUGAAAUCUCCCAUGUUCGAUAUGACGAUCUGCAGGCUGUAUGUCUUUGCCGAUAAAUUCUCUGCCGCAAAUCUAUGCCGUGAUACCAUCAGGCUGUUGCUUGCGAUGCUCCAGUGGCAUAGCUGGAAGCCUACAAUAGAUCUGCUGCAAUAUGUAGAGCAGAACACUCUAGAUCAUUGCGGACUGAGUCAAUUGAUAAUUGACUGGUUUGCCUGGCAUAAAGAGCCAACCUGGUUUGACUCAGACGAAGCUACGGCUCUACUGGAAGACGCCCCUCAUCUUGCAGCUCGCCUCUUACGUGGUUUAGCUCAACGGCUCAGCAAAAUACCUCUGAAGUAUGCAGAGAAAGUCGCUGGUGGUCCAUUGUACUACGACGUGGACAAGUACAUUGUGGUUGCUGCUCAUCAAAAAGGACACGAAAGCCAUCAAUAG